CGGCCGCCCCUGCGGCGGCGCCGCGGGCAAGCUGCUGGAGGACCACUCGGGCUUCAUGGCUGCGCUCGGCCGCAGGGUCCCACAGAGCCGGGGCUACGGCACCGCGGACGAGGGGCCGCUGCUGGAGGCGGCGCGCGCGGCGGACACCGCGGCGUGCAAGCGGCGGAAGCGCGAGCGGUAUCAGAGGAGGCAGCAGGAGGCGUCGAGGAGGGCGAUGGGAAUGAGGAGGGCGUGA